AAGGCCUUCAGCUGAGCCCCUCACUCACAGCAGGACUGUCACCAACUGCCAGACUGUCCCAGGGUGAUGUGUGGUGGGACAGCAGCACUGGGUGGGACAAGCACUGAACGUCACCCAUCGAAAAUCUUGUGACACCCGAGUGUGCCAGAGAGUGUGCACGGGAGGGAGACCUGGCCAACCCCAAAUCUUCCACCACAAUGUUCACUCCUCUGAUCAGAGAUCUGGAAGCUCACACCCCACAGGAGGUGGUGUGAAGGGAUUCCAAGGCUGGCAGGGUGAUAAAAGACAGAGGAGUUCCCAUGGAAAAAUAUUUAUUGCUUACAAUUGGSCUCUAAUGCCAGGGAUUACAACACAAAGCUUGGCUCUAAGCUGCAGCCAGGGAUGAAAGUGCUAAUUACCACGUAGUGCAUCAUUAACAAGCCCCAGCAAAGACAGGAAAAGUUCAACUCCCUGAUGGUUACAUCAAACUGGCAGGAAUGGGUAUUGUGUGUGGGGACAGGGUUCCCUAAGAUGGRAAGGUAAAAUCCCUGAUGGGAUGAUCCCAAAGCUAAUGCAGAGGCUGUCAGAAUUGGAGCUGGUGCCACAUCCCCACCAGACAGCUCUGCAGCACAUCUCUGCACACAGAUUCCCCUGCACCUCACCCUUGCUACCCUCUAUUUACAUUUUUUUAAACAACCCCUGGGGAGGGAUUCAGCCUGGAUAGGAUCAGUCUGGGACUUGAGGUGAAAUGGCAAAGUCUUUGGCCCAAAAAUGCCUUUAUUUCCUGCUGGGCAUGAGUGAAACUUGUUUUUACCUCCUUCUGCCAUGGGAGUAGGCAGMCAGCCAGCCCAUUGACUGGGAUACAAAAAUAAAUAUCCAGGGGGUGGCUGUGCCAGUUUCAGGGGAAGACCCCAAACAUGGGUCAGGAGAGUGUUUCGGCCACGCUGGUCCCGCUCAGCAUCAACACAACUUUCUUCAGCCAACCAAAAUGCCCAAGUACAAGGGCAAACCCAAAAUGCUUGAAUUUCCACGAUCUCCACACCGUGGUCAGCUUACCAACCUGAGCAUCUUCUGCACAAGGGCUGGGAGCACCUUUAGAGUGGUGCCUUUCUGCUGGUCCCCUGUGCCAGUCACCGUGCCACCUUGGCCAGUGACCGGCAGCUGAGCYAGGACCUUGCCAGGGAAGCUCCCCUGAGGCUGGAGAGAGCAGAAGGGGCAGCGAGGAGGCCACAGCCCACUCUGGAUGAUCUCUGUUGGGAAUCUUCCCCAGGCAGUGCAGGUGAGGGCUUUGAACCCUCGGCUCUCGACCACCACARUCCAGAGAAGCCUGGCAGCUCCAGGGCCUUCCUGCCGUGUGGAARUGGACUUUUCGCUGUUCUGCAGGAAAAGCCAAGGAGAAGGCAAAYCCCGUAGCUGCCCUGCAUGCCCUGGGGCUCAAAGGAGUGCCGGAGCGGCCGGUCCGCUGUGGGUUAGGCUGGAUGAUCCAACCACCUUUGGAGGCGGGCGCUCUGAAAAACACUGGGACUAACACAGCCGUGACUCCGUGCCAGGCUGGCUCCUCGCCCGCAGCCCUCGGCAGGCAGCAUCUGGGCUCAUCCCGGCUCAUCCCGGUGCUUCCUGGCCCUUCCCGGCUCAUCCCGGCGCUUCCCGGCYCCUCCAUCGCCGCAGAUCCCCGGCCGGGCGGGCACAGAAGAGGUGCCAAUUUCCAGCCUUUCCAGGCAGCAGAAUGACGCUGUGGAAUGGCUCCUACCCCUUCUACCCUGGAGCCAAUGUUUGCUUCCCCUUUGACACCAGCCGGGCUGUCAUUGUCACCAUCUUCCUCACCGUGCUGGUCACGUUCAUCAUCAUCCUGCCAGGGAUCCGGGGCAGGGGGCGUCUCUUCUUGUUCCUGCGCUUGGUGUUGGGACUCUUCGUGGGAGCAGUGAUCCUCACUGUCCAGUUCACCAGAGACUGGGAGAGCGGCUGGGUGCAGGCAAACACCUCCUACAAGUCCUUCAGCCRUGUCCAGGUGARCGCGGACAUYGGGCUGCACAUCGGCCUGGCRGGGCUGAACGUCACACUCMGGGGAAACCCGGUGAGGCAGAUCAACGAGACCAUCGACUACAACGAGCACUUCCCCUGGAGCUUCGGGGCGGAUUACGACCGCAGCUACAGCGAGGGGCUGCACAAGGGGCUGCCCAGCCCCAUCCUCUACGUGGCAGAGAAGUUCAGCACGCAGAGCCCCUGUGCUGUGCACGGGCAGUACCGCAUCGCYGGACACUAYRCAUCCCUCACCCUGUGGCUGGCCUUUUGCACAUGGCUCCUUUCCAGCCUGCUCUUCUCCAUGUCCAUCCUGCUCUAYGGGGGCCGCAUGCUUCUGCUCACUGCUGCACUGAUCCUCUUCUCGCUGCUCUUSUUCUUCACUGCGAGGAGCACCCCCAAGUGCCCCAUCCAGUUCGGUCCAAUUUCCUUGAGAACAGCCUAUGGUGAAUCCUUUUGGCUGACAUUAGCCACAGGGCUGCUGUGCCUGUUCCUGGGGCUGGGCAUCCUCAUCCUCAACGCUGUGCAGCCACAGAAGCUGAAGCUCCUCUUCAGCCUGGACAAGAGCAGCGAAGGGGGAGUGUGGGACAAGCCCUGCCUGUCAGCUGAGCCUGGCUCCUCUGCGCAGGAUGUGCUCGUGGUCCCCCUGGACCAGCUCUGCCAGGUGGCAGUCACCAAGCUCUGAGGCACGGGGGAUGCAGGGCAAGGCCUGGAGAUGUUGCUCCUGAAUUCACAAAUCCAUCAGAAGCCCUUCCCAGGUGGGAAGAGACAGGACAAGAGCCGGGUGAGGAGAAUAUCCAGAGCUGGAAAGGUGUCUGAAAUACAACAGUUGGCCUUUUUGUUGUUGUCAUUGUUGCUUCAUUGACCARCWGCUGGAAGACCUUUGUGGGGAAGAGAACCCAUCCCCAUUCCUGACUGUGCAGUUCCAGACCACAGGUUGCUACCUUCCCCCAAAAUCCAUUCCAAAAAAAAGGCCCCCAGGAUACAGAGAUUAAAUCUGAGCAAACUGGGGAGAAACCAGGAACUGCAUACUCAUAACCCUAACCAUAAACCCAAACACUGACCCUAAGCUUAACCCUAACUCUGACCCUAAACCUAACCCUAACCCUGACCCUAACCCUAACCCUA